AUGGAGCAGCUUCGCUCAAUGGGCCUCCGACUGCUCGACUGGUUUGCCGUGGUGAUGAAGGAGGAGCUGAAGCAUGGCAAUGGCAGCAAAUCUUCAGCCAACAACAACAACAGCAGCAACAAAAAUCGACGAUCUCCAAACCUCUCACCUAAAUCCAACAACACAACUUCAAACUUCUUUAAAAAAUCUUCCUCCUCUUCAACCGCUGAACAUAGCUGCGAGCCGCCGGUGGGCUUCAUGUUCGGCCACUUUGACGCCGACGCCGAUGGGCGUCUCUCGCUGAAGGAGCUCUACUACCUGGAGCACGACGAGAAUGAGCACUGUCUGGAGCCCUAUCUGAAUGGUUGCGACCAGGACGGGGACGCCUACCUCGGGGCCGGCGAGUGGUGUGACUGCUUCAGCUUGAAAGCCAAACCCUGUCUCUACCACUUGAAACACCUGCAGAAGGAGUUGGCCACCACCGCCACAGCACGCCCACUUUUGGGCGCCUACAUGCCCCAGUACAAAACGUAUCCACUGGUAAAGAAUCGGCAAUAUCAACUGCAACAGCAGCAAAAACAGCAAAAAAGCUCUUUCAAGUCUUCAGCUUUGCCAAACAACAACAAAAGUAGCAACCGUCCAAAAAGCUUCCAGCCGUCAAACAAUAGCAAACAAAAGCAGACAAACUUUAAAAACGGCAAAAAGUCUCAGUUUCAUCCUCCACCACCAUCACCACCAUCAUCUUCUCCUCCCGAGGACCUCGACCUUGAGGACGGCGACGACGAUGACGACGCUGGCGGCGAAGAGCUGAGAGAGUCAGGCUUUACCAGCAACCUCGAUGGCGGCUCGGGAAGCAGUAGUUUGGAUCUCUACUAG